UUGGGGGCAAUUGAAUUCAUCUAUUUAGGUUUCGGACCAUCUUCUUUCUUUCGUCCUCUCUGCAAGGAGUAACUUGUCUUCCCUUCUCAAAAACCCAAUUCAUACUCCUCUCCUUCCUCACACAUCUGAAUACAACAAUCCUCAUCAUCAUAUACCACCAACUACAACAAUCCUCCCUCUUUCUCUAUCUAUAUAUAUAUAUAUAUAUAUGCACAUACUUUGAGUGGUGGUCACCAAUUUGGCAUAGGCAUGUCUAUCCGAUUCAAAUUUAGAAGCUCCGUGAACUUCGACUCGGUUGACAUCGAAGGUCGUUCUUCGAUAUCCGUUGGCGACCUCAGGUCUAAGAUCGUCCUCCACAAGCACCUCAACAUUUGCCAAGACUUUGAUCUCGUCUUCUCCGAUGCCCUCACCGCCCAUGAGUUCCAUGACGAGAAUUUUCAAAUUCCCAGCGGUUCCAGUGUAAUCAUUAAGAGAGUUCCUGCAGGAUCUGUGCCUUCUGCUAUGGCACCCAUCAAUUCAGUUGAGAACUUGGGGGCGAAAGACAGCAACCCCGUUAAUCCCAUUGGAUAUUUUCCCUUGAAUGCAGAAACGGACAACUUUGAUGACUUUGGAGUUGACUUGUGUCCCAUUCCUGAGGCAGCCUUAUCUGACUCUGAUCUUGAAUUUGAUAAGAACUACUGUAUUAGCAAUGAGAAGCCAAAAAAUGCCCUCGCCAGCUUUUUGUUGUGCAGCAGGGUAGGUUGUCAAGUGUUUGAAGCAAGUGACCUUAGUGAGGCUAUUCCUAGAGGUCCUAAUCAUAAUGUCACAGAAAGAAAUACUUCACAGACAAAAGUGGAACUGAAUGGCGAAGAACCCAUGAAACUGGAAAAGAUGGUUGCCAAUUGUCCAGCCGUGCAAAAUGAUGAUUUUCCAUCAGAACUGAAAUGCUCUCUCUGCAACACAUUUUUCAAGGAGGCUGUAAUGAUACCAUGCUGUCAGCAUAGUUUUUGUGAAAAAUGUAUCCGCGCAGUCAUACAGGAGAAGGCAAAGUGUCCCAAAUGUUAUUCUAGCAAAUGUAAGGUUGAAGAUUUGUUACCGAAUUUAUCUCUUAGGCAAGCAAUAGAGCAUUUCCUCGAGUCUCAAAUUCUUAUGAGUGAUGCAGACAAUGCUUUGCAUAAAUAUGCCCCAGAUGGUGAAUCUGGAAUUCAAGCAAAAGAUUUUUCUUGUGCUGUGACUAUCCUUCAAAGGGAGCCAAACAUGCCACUUUCUCCCUCUGCAACAGAAAAAGGCUCCAAUCAAAUUAUGACAGAAUCUGUUUAUGAGUCGCGGAUAAAAAAGAACGUGUCAUUAGGGGGCUCUGGUUCUCAUACCAGUAACUUGGGUUCGAGUAAAGCUUUGAAAUCAGCUCCUUUAUCACACAAGUUGAAACAAACAGAUGGAGAAAGAGUUGGAUAUGCUCAUCAUGAGGUUUUUCGAAGUGGAGACGAUUCGGAGGCUUGUCCUGAUUUUCAAGGGGAAAGUCAGCCCCACAAUUUUCCUCAAAGUCAUGUGCACGAGGAAGUUGAUUUUACCAUCAACAAAAAGAGGGGAUUGUGGGUUAACACUGGAGGUGGAGACAGGAAUUUUAUGGCUACUGGUAGACACAAAAAGGGGGAUCGUACCUGUUACAUGUGUGGUUCUCCAGACCAUUUCAUAAGAGACUGUCCAGCUGCUUCCAGCCCAUACCCUAUGCUUCAAACAGGAAAUUCUAUGUUUCCAGGAGCUAUGUCAGGUUAUGCUUCACCUUUUUGGAAUAGCAAUCCAUUACCCCCCAUCAGGCCCUUCACUAAUAUGUAUGGCAAUUCUGGGAUGAUGCCUUUCAAUUCUGGAAUGGUCCCUUCUUCACCUUUUGCAGUUCCUCCAUAUAUGCCAUCUAUGUAUGGAGGCUUACCUGUUCCCAGUGGAUUCAUGAGGAUGGGAGGUAUGUUGGCACCUCAAGUACAAACUGGUUCAGAACGUCCUCUAACCCAUUCAGAAAAUAUGCAGCUUCGAGAUUGUGAAAACAGAUGGAAGCUUUCAAAUGAGAAUCUGGGGAGACGACAAUCUUAUGAUGAUGAAGAUGAUGGUUACAAUAAGCGAUAUCACUGUAAUGUGCCAGAAAGAUCACAUGAGUUUAAAUCUCGUGUAGAGAGGGAAAAGAGUGCAAGCUACUCUGAAGACAGCUUUCCUCGUGUAUCACAGAGGAAAUAUCGGCAUGAUAAACAUGUAGAUCAUGACAGCCAUGCUGUUGAUGAAAGACAUGAGAAGAAUUUAUGUUCCACAAUUGCUGGAAGAGACCGAUCUGAUCGGAAGCCAUACCAUCGAGAGAGAUCAAAUUCAGGAGUUGAAGAUAUGCCCAAUAGUUCUGACAGGCGGAGUGAAGAGAGGCAUAAACAUCCUCGUAGAAGCUCCAAACAGCGUGAAAGUAAGGGGAAGUGUGGUAGUGAUUCUAGUAGGAGCCAUCACCAGACUAAAAAAGAAAGAGAUUAUGGAGGAAAGAGGGUUGAGUCUGACAUUGAACCCAAUCGGAAACAUCACAGCCACUCAGGCUCUGGUUUAGAACCAUGCUCUUCAGUUGAUCAGAAAAAGCAAUACAAAGACAAAGACCCCAGUCACACAUCCAGACAUUCUAGGCGCAACACAAAGCCCAGUAGUGACGAUAUGUGUAAUGACAGGUGGCAGAUGGCAAGUGGCUCAGAGGAGGACUAUGGAGAAGGUUAUCGUUACCGCAAGCGGAAAAGAGUUCACUAAAACAAGACAUGCAUGUUGUUGAGAUCUAUUAGAGUGGUCAGCUUUUGGACAGUUACAUCAUCAUUAUCCUUUCUGAAAUUUUGCUAACUCUGUUGACAUUUUUAACUUGAGGUGUGGACGCUAGCAAAAGUUUUAGCCAGAGGAGAUUUGGUUAAUUAAAAAUAGGAUUUGGAUGCUUUUUUAUGCGCUGCCCAAAGUUCUUUUGGCACGAAGGUAUUGAAGCUGAUGGAAGGUAUGUUCUUUUCAAUAAUAUGUAAAUGCUCUCUAUCUAUCAUCCCUUUCUAUCUCCAAGGUAAUUGGAUCCCUUCCCUUGGGAAAAGUUCCUCUUCUUUCUCAUCUUGGCUUGGUUGGGUUCAGCCCACUUGCUUGGUUAUUUUGGGAGGUAUAUGUAGUGAGCCCUGAUAAGGCAGAAAUGAGUCUCAUUUGCCUAGGUAUAAAUUUUGGUCUACAACAUAGCUAAGGUCAAUGUUUUUGCAAUCAGUAAGCAGAGAUUCUGGGAAUGAAUGUUCUGUAAGUCUUUGUUUGUUCAUCAGUUCUUUGUUUAUAGGCUUCUUGUUAAAAGGAAAAAAGCCUUGAUUUUUAUUCA